AGACUGUCUUGUGAAGUUGCUGGUGGUUGCUACCGAUUCCGCGUUUGUGCCCGAAGAAGCCUGUGAGAAAUAUAAUGAACAUUUUGUGAAUGAAUCGAUUAGUUUUGUGUGAUUGAGGUUUCGGGAGAAAUUAUAAUUUGGUGCAGUGUAAAUUUCAUGUUCUUUGUUUAAAAUUGUGUAUCUGAAAACUUUUGUAAUGAAAGGAGUGUGAUAAUUAUAUGUACAGUCGCAAUGAUUUUGUUUCAAGAGAAGUGGCGUGUUGAGUGAGCAGAUCUUCUAGGCAGUUGUGUAUAAAAUACAGGUAGCUGAAGAAUCUGCCAAGAAAGAAUGUCAGGAUGGCUUCAACCCAAGGAGAAAUUAGAGUUGGCCCUUCUCACCAGGCUCGCCUUCCCGAGUAUCGGCCCAAUAUUUUGUCUUCUGACAUUUCUGACAUGCCUCCGGAUCCCGACUUGGAAAAGGAGAGAGAGGAUUUACGAUGGGUCCCAGCCAUGACACUUGACACAGAUCUUCUGAUGUACCUGCGCGCUGCCAGAUCUAUGGCAGCUUUUGCUGGUAUGUGUGAUGGAGGUUCUCCUGAUGAUGGUUGUGUUGCAGCAAGUCGAGAUGAUACUACUAUAAAUGCAUUGGAUGUGUUACAUGAUUCUGGAUAUGAUCCUGGAAAAGCAUUACAAGCAUUAGUAAAAUGUCCUGUACCCAAAGGUAUAGAUAAAAAAUGGUCUGAAGAAGAAACGAAACGAUUUGUAAAAGGAUUGAGGCAGUUUGGAAAGAACUUUUUUCGCAUUCGCAAGGACUUGCUUCCACAUAAAGAUACGCCUGAGUUGGUGGAAUUCUAUUACCUUUGGAAGAAAACUCCUGGUGCAAACAAUAAUAGACCACAUCGGAGGAAUAGACGACAAGGAUCAUUGCGGCGCAUUAGAAAUACACGAAGCACUAGAGGUGGAAGUGCUCAGCCUAAAGAAGUAGAUGCUAGUUCACCAGCAAGCACCUGUACUGGUUCUGUAGGCUCUUCAAGACCUUCACCGAACUCCAAAGAACAUGGUGAAGGAAGUUCUGGUAGUGAGGAAGAUAAUUCAGAAGAUGAUUCAGAUUCUCGAGAUAAUGCUGCAUAUCGUUGUCAACAUUGCUACACAACAAAAUUACCUCCUGUUAAUGCAAAUAAUGUGUCCAAUACUGCCAAUGGUGUGGCAGCUGUGCGUGGAGAUGCACCAUAUCUGUUUCGUCCUGUGCAAAACUUAGAGACAUUAGAAGAUUCUCCAGGAAGAAUGCGUACUCGAACUCGCACAAAAGAACAGACUGCCCGGAACCGCCCGAAGCGUGGCAGUGGUACCGACACUCCCGAGAGUGAGAUGGACAAAAAGUCGUGCAAGUCCCCCGCUAGUAAUGCAUCCUCUCCCAGUGACAAGAACAAAAAGAAGUCAAAGCCAGACACGCCUACAAAAGGUCGUAAACGAGCCCAAGUGGAAAUGGAAAAUGAAGAAGAUAAAGAAAUAUCUCUGUUUAAAAGGAAGAGGAAUGAUAGAGCAGAUAGUCCAGCAGAAAGUUUAACUACAGAUAGUGGAUCCAUGUUGGAUGAUGGAGAAAACAAUGAUCAAGAAACAGAAGCUCCUGAAGUUGCUGCUUCUGUAGUCAGUAAUUCUGUAGAUAAUUCUGGUAUGACUGUGUUACAAACAGAAACCCCCUCUGCUGUGCCAAAUGAGAAAAUAGAAUCCAGUGGAACUAUUGUGGCAGUUCCAGCUAUAGCAAAUAGUGUUGUGUCUACAGUAACAUCAACAAGUACUACUGUUUCUUCUACCACGUCAUUACCAAUUGCAGCUGGAGGAAUGGUAAUUGUAGGUGGUAUUGCAGCAGUUACAACUAAGGCAGCAAAUGUAGACCUGACUAAUAUACCUUGUUUGGUAAGUGGACAAACUACCGUAAAUUGUGUUACGGGCUCUUCCACUCCUAGUGGAAUAAGAGUUCCCAUUGCAAGUUUAGGUGUAUUGGAAGAUAAUAUAAGCAGCAAGAAAAUGCCAGAGGAAAUUUUAGGAGUUUCUGGUGAUUUGAAAAGUGGAUUGGAUAGAGAGAUUGUUAAACUUUCUAGUCAAACAAGUUUCCCCCCUCAAUCAGCAAUUGUGCAAAAUGAAGAAAUUAAAAUAGAGAAACCUAAGUUAGAUGGUCAUAUGAACACCAAACUUGAAGAGGAUGCUCUUCGUUUGACAAGAAGAGAUGUAUCAGAACAUACUCCAGAUAUUAGUAAGAGAGAUCCAAAUAGUGUUAUUUCAUCGUCUGUGAAAAAUCACGAUGAUGUUGCAAGUACUGGAAUAGCUGCAAUGAUGAAAGUGGUUAUUAAAGAAGAAAUAGAAACAAGUAAUGAUGGUAUGUUAAACAUGUCAUUAUCUCUGAACAUGCCAAUGAAAGAGGAAAAUUCUCAACAAGUUAGUUCAAGUAAUACAUUAAUGAGUGUACCAAUGUGUAGUAAUUCAAUGGGCAGUAUAUUGAAUAAUUCGAGUAGUGUGUUGCAACAUCAUUUGCCAAUGGCAGCAUCUGCUAUAAAACUGGAACCAGGACUUGGGCGAGAGGAUCAGCAAUCUAGUCCUUCAGAUGUAACUGGAGGAAUGAAUCAUGAUUUACCUCCUGCCCAGAUGACCUCUUCAAUGCUUCGAAUGCCUUCUCCAAUGCCUGGGGGAAGUGCAAAUCUUUCAACUAUUCCUGUAUCUCAUCAUCGGUCGUCUUCGCCAAUGAUGCAGGUUGGCAAUCACCCCCACCUUCAAGCAGGUGCUACAACAGCUGUGAUUAGACAAGCAGGUGCGAGUGAAAUACCGAUUAGUGUAAGUGUGGAGAAGCAGUCGCAAAUGUCCAGUGAUUAUGGUGAAGAAAAUAGAGAUGCUAAAUUAUCUCAGGUGCAUAGCACAAUAACAAAUCCACAGACAUUACAACAACAGAUAUUGCCUCAGUCUAAUCCGAGUCAAUCCACAGUGUUAUCACAUCAAGGGUACAGCUUCUUACCUGCAUCGCCAUACCACUCGCACCAAAGAUCUAACACUUCCAAUGGCGAGAAAGUAAGUGGUGUUCUACAAAGUAGUAAUAAUUCAUCUGUUGUUAAUACUGGAUUGAAUCAGCAAAAUGAACCACAAAAUCUGAAGAUAAAACAAGAAGUUAUUACUCCAUCUGAUCAACCAAUUUCUUCUGAUCCUCUCCAAUCUCUUAAGGAAGUAAAGAUUCCAGGAUACUCUGGGUCAAAUCUAUCAAUUUCACAACCCUUACCAGGCAGUAACAUACACAUGCAGCAGAAUUCUAGUGGAUCUCUGGGAAUGGAUGUCCAAAGACCCCCCUCUGGUUCUGGACCUGUGCCACCAUUUCUUGGACCUGCCAUUGAAAAUAUUAAGAAAGAGCCUGAGAAUUAUAUUUCAAAUUCUGGCUCAUCCAUAGGAACAUCAGUUUCUCUGGGAGCAAGUUCGUCAAAAACACCACCUUCUAAACAUCAGUCUGUUGGAAGUACAUCAGAAAAUAAUGCAAAUGCCACUUCCUCCUUAAGUGGACCAUCAUGCUCUUCCCCUCUGCCUCGCUUAUCCUCUGCCACUCCUCCUUUAGCACCUCCAAUUUCUUCAGCACAACCUCCCGUUUCUCAUAGUGCUGUUAGUCUAAUAUCACAUUCUCCAAGACUUACUCCAACAUCACUUGCUAGUGGUCCAUCUGGUAUCCCUCAACCAGUUAUGCACCCUACACAGCAAACAUCUCCUAUCAGUCGUGCUUCCCCUGGCCAUCCUCAUCCUACUCCGCAUCCCCAUCCGACUCCUCAUCCUCAUUCAUCACCUUUUAUUGGCCCUCCUGGAAGUCACCCUGCAUUACAUCAUCACCCACAUACACUAAUUCAUCAUUCCUUGUUUGCUGCUGCUGCUGCAGCUCAAGCAGCUGCAGUUCAUCACAAUCCAUAUCAUCCUCCCCACCCUUAUGCCGCUUAUGGAUAUCCAUUUCCUUAUCCUUAUGGGCCACCGCUUCCUCAGCCCCACCCUGUGCCACCUCCUCAUCAUUCAACACCACCUGCCCCAACUAUUCCAUCAGUUUCAUCAGCCUCCUCCACUCACACUCAACGUUCAUCUCAUGAACAGGUUAAGGCAGAACAAAGAACAUCAGUUGAUACCUCUCAGUCAUUACAUGGACCACACCAUUCUUCACAUAGUGUGACAUCUCGGCGUGAUAUUUCUGUUCCUGAUGAGUCCAGUUCAAGCAUUAGCCAGAAUAGUGAAAGGCAUCAUCCUCCUGAAAUGGGUACUUCUCACCAUCAUCACUCAACACACCAUUCAUCUCUGCAUACAAUUCAAGGAGAUAAACAAAGUCAUAGUGUUUCACAGUCAUCAAGCCACCCACUACAACCAUCACAUCCCGUUGUUACAUCUGCAUCUCAUAAAAUAAAUGCCAGCGGAAAGUCUACUUCAAGCAUGGUCCGGGCAUCAAGUCCAACUUGUCACAAUACAUCCAUUAUAUCAACAGCUCCAGCAGCUUCAAAUUCAUUGUCACAUCCUAAUAAUUCAAGUCAUCAUCAACAUCAUCAUUCACAUGGUCAUCAUCAACAUCUUGUUCAUCAUCAGUCUUCAGUUCCAGGAGGAAAUUCCUCUGGGUCGUCUGAACUCCUAUCUACUGCAAAUCCAUUACUUGUCUCAUCAUCUAUUAAUACACCAACUGUUCCUCGAUCUCAUCAUUCCAGUUCUGGUCAUCCUCAUCAUUCUGCUCAUAGUCAUCAUGCUAAACAUCCUAGUCAUCCAGGUUUAAUGGUACAACCUCCCACACUGAGCCAUCAAUCUGUUGGCAUGGGUUUACCUCCUUCGUCAGUGCCAGGAUCAUCUUUAGAGGCUUUGAGGGCACAUGCACAGGCUGCAGCUAAUAUGCAGCAACAGCAGCAGCAGCAGCAGCAACAACAACAGCAGCAGCAACAGCAGCAACAACAACAGGUGUCACAGCAACAGCCACAACCAUCAAUUCCACAAGGAAGCCUUCAGCUUGCAAUGAUGCAUGCAUCGCCCCACUCACCUUUAACAGCACCAGGAUCUCAUCAACUCGGUGGUCGGCAUUUAGGACCAGGGUUAAGUGAUGACGUGAAAAGUGAACCAUCAUUGGAAAUUGGAGAAGUCCAACCUGAGGAGGAAAUUCCUAGCCCUUCGCAUGUACCACGAGGGCCAAGUCCAGAGCCUAAAAUUGAAGAUACAGAAUGUCAUAGAAGUCAGAGUGCAAUUUUCUUGAGACAUUGGAACCGGGGUGAUUUCAACUCCUGUACAAGGACUGAUCUCACAUUCAAGCCUGUACCGGACUCAAAAUUAGCUCGCAAGAGAGAGGAGCGUUUGCGCAAGCAAGCAGAACGAGAGAGAGAAGAAAGAGAGAAAGCAGCAGUUCAAGCUCAGGCGCGUAAGAUAGCCACUCCUGAAAAGCCAGAAGGAUCAAAACCACCAUCGAGAGGGCCUAUUGAAACGAUCACAUCUCCGUAUGAUAGAUUCACUCCUAGACAAGGAUAUGAUACUCCUGCACUUCGUCAGCUAAGUUUAGAAUUGGAGCACCUAGAACGAGAGAAGAGAGAGCGUGAGAUUCGAGAAUUGCGUGAGCGUGAACUAAAUGAUAGAUUGAAGGAUGAAUUAAUGAAGAAUGCUGGAGCAGGCCCAAGAAUGGCAAAUCCUCUUGACCCUCAUUGGCUGGAUCUUCACCGCAGAUAUGCUGGAUUAGGUCCUGGUGGACCUCCACAUCAGUUUGGUCUUUACUCAUCUCCAGCUGCUCCCGGACAAACAGCUCUUAGUCAAUUGGAACGAGAACGGUUGGAGAGAUUGGGUAUCCCCACCGGUCCCGCAGGGCCGCACGGGCCGGCAGCAGUGGGGCCAUCAGGUCCCCAUUCUGCACAUGCCCAUCCACAUGCAGCUCAUGCCAGCUCAUUGGCUGCAGCCCAAGCAGCGCAAGCUCAGCUGGAGGCCGCCGAGAGACUUGCUCUGGCCACGGAUCCAAUGGUGCGACUGCAGAUGGCUGGCAUUUCACCCGAAUAUCAUGCCCAUACGCAUGCCCAUACGCACGCCCAUUCACACACACACCUGCACCUGCACCCUGGGCAGCAGGCAGCACAAGCCCAGCAGGCACAGCAGGAAGCAGCGGCAGUGGCAGCCGGCUCGGCGGCCUUCCCUCUGCCAGCUUCUGCUGGAGCAGGAGGAGGAUACCCAAGGCCAAGCCUAUUGCCUGGAAGAGAGGCAACACUGGGCCUCCAUCAUCCUUCUGAGUUACUAGGCAGAGGGCCUGGAUAUGCUGAUCAGCUGGCACAUCAGUUGUCUGCGCAGGCAGCUCAUGAACAACUUCAACGUCAAAUUAUGUUGGAGCGAGAACGAUUUCCUCAUCCUCAUCCUGCAUCUUUAGUAGCUCAGCAUGAGGAAUAUUUAAGGCAGCAGCGUGAACGAGAAAUGAAAGUGCGUGCACUGGAAGAAGCAGCUAGAGGCAAUCCAUUGGUGCCUCAUCUUUUGUUCACACCUGUUGGCCACAGCUUGCUUUAAUAAUUUUAGUACAAUUUUACAGUAAUUUAAUUAAAGUAUUGUUUACUGUGUAAUACCUUUGAAGUUGAAAAACUUAUUUUGUUACAUUUUGUAGCAACACAGGUAAAAGAAAACAUGUCUAUGUGCACUUACAGUAGUAAAGACAGUCAGUAUUCUGUUGUAGCGCUUAAAAAUAUAAAAUUAAUCCUCCCAGUAAAAACUGUUCAAAAAUUAGAAUGAAGUUAAUGGUGGUAGGUUUGACAUGUUCAAAAAUCUGAAUUUGCCUCAUAGUCUACUUAAAAAUUAAUUUUUAUAUUGAUCUUGCAAUGUUGGGAAGGAGAUAUACAUAUAGUUAUUCAGAUUUUAUAUAUCUGCAGUGCUGAGUUACCUUUUCUUUCAGGUUGACUGUACCACUUUGUAUGUAUGCCUGAAUAAGGGCAUUAUAUACCGAAUGCCCUUAAAAACAAAUCAAUACAUGUGCUUUGUCCUUUAGUUGAAAAGUAGCAAAACUUGUCUAUAAAGAAAAUUAAUUACUAUCCCAUGUGCAAGAUUUGAUAUUUUAUGAUUUUUUUAUUUUUUUUUUUAAAUUUAUUUAUUCAUAUAAUUUUCUUAUCUUAUGUAAAUUGUGAGGCACUCAUACUGAUUUAUGUAGAACUGGAAGUCAACUUGCUGCGAAUAUGUAACUUUUGUAUCAAAGGUGUUAAUAGAUAUGUGUAAUAAUGAACAGACAGUUUUUGUAUUUCAUAAUGAAGUAUAUUUUACAUGAAAUGCCCAUAUUUAAAUUUUAAUUAGUUUGUUACAUGUAUCAUAUAAUUCACCUUAUCUUCAUGUGGAAUUCAAAAUAUAAUUGUAUUGUUUACUUGAAGUGUAAGCGGUACACACCAAGACAAUAAAAACAAUUAGAAGUGAAAGAUAUUUGAAUGAAACCUUUACAUCACUGAAUGCUGUAUUGUAUAGCCAAUGUGAAUAUUGCACUUCCAUGACUAGACUUCAAGGUAAGGCUGAAUAGUGAUCACUACUAUCUUCCCUAUUC